AUGAUCAUCUUCACCGACGCCAUCACCGGCGAUGAGCUCUGCUCGGAUGCUUUCAAAAUGUUGCCCGUCGGUGCCUUGGUCGAAGUCAACUGUGAAAAUGUCACGAUCAAGGAAGGUGAAGUGGAUAUCGGUGCCAACGCCUCAGCAGAGGAGCAAACCGAGGCCCUUGAGGAUGGAGCCAAGACCGUCAAUAACUUGGUCCACACUUUCAGAUUACAAGCCACCUCGUUCGACAAGAAGUCCUACAUGACCUACCUAAAAGGCUAUAUGAAAGCAGUCAAGACUCACCUUGCUGCGACCAAUCCCGAACGGGUGGAAGCCUUUGAAAAAGAGGCGCAGGAGGCCGCCAAGAAAAUCAUUGGCAACUUCAAGGAUUACGAAUUUUACGUUGGUGAGAGCAUGAAUCCAGAGGGAAUGGUCGCAUUGUUGAAUUACCGAGAGGAUGGAAUCCAGGCUUAUUUCAGCUUCUGGAACGAUGGCCUCAAGUCAAUGAAGGUCUAA